AUGGAGGUGAGGGAAGAGUUCAUGGUUUCACCUGCUGCUGGUGAUGAUAGUGAACCAACUCUCAGAACUGCCCAUUUUCUGAAACCCAUUGCUAUUGCUACCUCCAUUGUUUCUGAAACUGAAACUCUCUCAUUCUCCUCCUUUGUCUCACCCAAGUUUGAACCCAAGGAAUGGCCACUGACAGUGCAUUUCAAUGGCUGGCGCAACACAAAUAAGAAAUGGAUUACCUGGGUGGAUGCCCUUCGUCCCAGGUAUGAAUCUGUGUGGAAGAAAGUUGGAAUCUUUGAAGCAAUCAUGAGCACCAAGUGCUACAUUGUGAAAAAUCAAAACUUGGCAUUGGGGUUGGCAGAGAAAUGGUGUUCUAAGACUAACACCUUUGUGUUCCCUUGGGGUGAGGCCACAAUCACGUUGGAGGAUGUCAUGGUUUUAGGGGGUUACCCUCUCCUUGGUGAUCACCCUGCUUCCACUUCUUCUUCUUUACUUGAGAACAACAAGGAAAUGAAAGAGGUGGAAGAAAGAUUGAUUCUUGCAAGAAAGGAACAUUGGAGAUGUGAACAUGGUAAGCCUUCCACAGUAGCAUGGAUAGACACUUUCAUCAAUAGUAGUGGGUGUGAACUUGAGCAUGAAGCAUUCCUUGCUACUUGGUUGUCAAUGUUUGUUUUUCCUCACAAAAGAAGCUUGGUGAACAAGUCUCUCUUCCCUAUUGCUAUUCUUCUUGCUGGAGGGAACUCCAUUGCUUUGGCACCUGCAGUUUUGGCUAGGAUUUACAAGGAUUUGAGUUUGCUGAAAGAAACAAUGGUUGAUUUGAAGAAAAAUGACAAGUUGGAGUUGGAGGUGAGUCUUUACUCACCCUUUUACUUGGUUCAAAUUUGGGCAUGGGAGAGAUUCAAAAGUUUGCAGCCAAAACCCAAUUUGACCAAUGAUGGAGGCCCUGUAUUGUUUAGGUGGAACAAGGUUAAGGCCAUGAAAAUUGACAAUGUGAGGCUGGUACUGGACUCAGCUAUGGAUAAGGAUGAUUUUCUUUGGCGUCCAUAUGUUAGAUAUGCCAGUAUAUUUGAGGAUAAAGAGCUAGCCUUAUUUGUUACUUGCGUUAGAGUUUCUGAGCUUGUUGGAAUUGACUCGUCUGUAAUGCAGUACUUCCCACAUCGAGUUGCUAUGCAGUUUGGAAUGGAUCAAGGGGUUCCUGGCUGUGUGCCUGUGUUCAAUGGCACUAAAGCUAUUGCUUGGGAAAACUACUGCAGGCCCAUAUCUGAUGAGAAUUUGUAUUUUCCAUCUAAGGUUUUUAAGGCAGGUGUUACCGCGCGUUAUGCAAGGUGGUGGAGGAAGCAAUCAGCAUUGCAUUUGCAUCAUGAAGAUUUUGCUAAAAAUAUUGUGCGGAAGAAGAGAAGUCCAAGGUCAUUAAAACUUGGAUCUCAUGUAGCAGCAAAAGCAAGCACAAGUUGUAAUGAUGCUGAUGUUCCUCCCAAAAUUGUAAGCAAUGAGUCUAAUGACAGAGUAAGCCUGUUUGGGACUCAUGGUGAAAGCCAUAUCUGUGGAUCAGAAAAUGUAAUGGAACUUGAACAGAGAAUUAGCAGACUUGAGAGAGUGAUUGCAGAAGCUAAGAUAGCAAGGUUUGGUCACAGUUGA